AUGAUUUCUGAGUACCUUUAUCCACUCGCCUCUAGUCAGUAACGAUUAGAUCUAGUACGAGUCAUGUUCAGGUUUGUUGUGUGCAGCUACUUCAUCAUUUUGAGCCUUCCCGUGGCGCUGAGCCAGAAGUCCAAAUGCGCGCCUACGUGUAGCGGCGUGACCGAGUCCGGCACUCUGGUGCCAGACCCCAGCAACUGCCUCGGCUACUACACCUGCGUGGACGUCUUCGGAGACGGUAAUUUUGUGCUCUCGUCCCGAGAAGUGUGCCCAGACGGCUACUUCUUUAACACCUUCCAGAAUCCUGCCCACUGCUCCCUCAUCUCCGACGCUCAUGUCGAUUACUGCACGGGCUUCUGCAACCCCUGCGAGAUUCAGUGCUCUGUAGCUGGCACCCUAAGACCUGACCCAAAUUCUUGCACGACAUAUUACCUUUGUUUAGUCGGAGGAGGUCAUCAGAAAUUUGAAUGCGAUGCCGGCACUUACUUCGAUUAUAUUGCUGAAACUUGCAUCUCAUCUACUGGAAACUGCUACCCAUACUGUGACGAAUGUAACCCGUACUGUGUCGAACCAGGUAACAUUGUCGAUCCCUACGAUUGUCACAGUUUCUAUUCAUGUGAUCCACCCUUCAUUACGCAGUUCACUUGCCCAAAUGGCGAAGUAUUUAACGCUGACACUGGUUCUUGUAAUGCUGCAGAAUGUGUCAUUCAAUGCAGGCCAUAAUGUUUCAAAUAACCUUGGGAAAUCGGCAUCAAACUCAACGGUAAAUAAUUUGAGGAAUUAUCUCUGACCACAAUACAUCAGAAACUUUGA